AUGCUUGACCACUUCUUGCAUGAGAUUGUUGACUUGUUGUCUUCUAUCUCAAAAAUGUCGCUCAGGUUCUUUCUCCGUGUGAUAAUCCAGCUCGGCUUGACUGGUAUGAAAGUCGCAUGUUAUUCAUGUCGCAUGUUAUUCAGGUUGCACAUCUCACAAUUGUUUAGAAGAAAUGCAUAUCUUUAUCCAUAUCUACAUUUGCUUUUAGUCAUAGCAAAAAGGGACAAGGACGGCGACUUCAACAGCGAUAGGACGGAAGCCAGUAUGCCUGGACCAACAAGCCGGUGUUCUUUAUUCCCUUCUUUCAUUAUGUCGGGAGUGGAUAAUCAACUUUCGUUUUUCUUUUCUGUACCUUCUUAUUUAUGCAUCUUAGUUAGGAAGCUAACUUCGUUUCUUUGCAUCAUCAUGGAAUAUUUUUUGUAG